UGAUUUUUUUUUUUCCACCCAGACAAGAUGACCAAGCCUGAUGCAACAGUGUUAAAUGACUUGUGGAAGAUGUGCAGGGUCAGAGAACCUGGUCAUCUGGGUUUGUGUUUGGAGAAGGUAAAGACGCAUGCUGAAGAAGGAAGAGAAGGGGUAUCCUGCAGGAAUGCCCAAGGGAACAGUGCAUGCACACAUAUACCCAAAGCUUUCCUAGGACAGAGUUACUGUAACCAUAAUCAUCUUUGAGAACGUUCAUUGUUAAGUGUCAUGAAUUUGAGAGUUUCCUCUAAACCUGAACCUAUUGGACAGACAUUCCUUGUGUUACAGGCAGCAUGAGUUCCAGCCAGAUUUCACUGCAAAUGAACCCUCAGAGACUUAACAUGCAGAAGAAAUCUUCAAAGUGUAGUGAAUGUGGGAAAUUCUUUACUCAGAGAUCAUCUCUUACCCAGCAUCAGAGGAUUCACACAGGAGAGAAGCCCUAUUUAUGUAGUGAAUGUGGAACUUGUUUCCGUAAACAGUCAAAUCUUACUCAGCAUUUGAGGAUUCACACAGGAGAGAAACCUUAUAAAUGUAAUGAAUGCGAGAAAGCCUUUCAAACAAAAGCAAUCCUUGUCCAGCAUCUGAGAAUUCAUACUGGAGAGAAACCCUAUAAGUGCACUGAAUGUGGCAAAGCCUUUUGUCAGAGUCCAUCCCUUAUCAAACACCUGCGAAUUCAUACUGGAGAGAAACCGUAUAAAUGCGCUGAAUGUGGCAAAGCCUUUAGUCAAAGCAUUUGCCUUACCCGUCACCAGAGAAGUCACUCUGGAGAUAAACCUUAUAAGUGUAAUGAAUGUGGGAAAGCCUUUAAUCAGAGCGCAUGCCUCAUGCAGCAUCAGAGAAUUCAUUCAGGAGAGAAGCCUUACACAUGUACUGAAUGUGGUAAAGCCUUCACUCAGAACUCCUCCCUUGUUGAACAUGAGAGAACUCACACUGGAGAGAAACUUUACAAGUGUAGUGAGUGUGAAAAAACUUUCCGCAAACAAGCACACCUUAGUGAACAUUACAGAAUUCAUACCGGAGAAAAACCUUAUGAAUGUGUUGAAUGUGGAAAAUCCUUCAGGCACAGCUCAGCACUUGUUCGACAUCAGAGGCUUCAUGCUGGAGAAUAA